GGGCGCGCCGAGCCCGGAAGAGGCGCGGCCGGGGAAGGCACAGGCGGCUACGCGGGGACGGCCGGUCCCCAUGGCGCUGUGGCGCGGCUCUGCGUACGCGGGGUUCCUGGCGUUGGCAGUGGGCUGCGUCUUCCUGUUGGAGCCGCAGCUGCCCCACUCGGCGCUGCGCUCCCUGUGGAGCUCGCUGCAGCCUGUGCCCACGUCCCCCGGGCCCGGCUCCCCGGAGGGCCGGUUGGCGGCUGCCUGGGACGCGCUCAUCGUGCGGCCGGCCCGGCGCUGGCGCCGCGUGGCCGUGGGAGUCAAUGCAUGUGUGGAUGUGGUGCUCUCAGGGGUGAAGCUUUUGCAGGCACUUGGCCUGAAUCCUGGGGAUGGGAAAGAUCACUCCAUCCUGCAUUCAAAGAAUGAUCUGAAAGAAACCUUCACUCACUUCAUGGGGAAGGGAGCAGCUGCAGAGCGCUUCUUCAGCGAUAAGGAAACUUUCCAUGAUGUGGCCCAAGUUGCAUCGAAGUUCCCAGGAGCCCAGCACUAUGUAGGAGGAAAUGCAGCUUUAAUUGGACAGAAAUUUGCAGCCAACUCAGAUGUAAAGGUUCUUCUUUGUGGUCCAGUUGGUCCAAAACUGCACGAGCUUCUUGAUGACAAUGUAUUUGUUCCACCAGAGUCACUGCAAGAAGUGGAUGAGUUCCACCUCAUUUUAGAGUAUCAAGCAGGGGAGGAGUGGGGCCAGUUAAAAGCUCCCCAUGCCAACCGAUUGAUCUUCUCCCACGACCUCUCCAACGGGGCCAUGAGUAUGCUGGAGGUGUUUGUGUCUAGCCUGGAAGAGUUUCAGCCAGACCUGGUGGUCCUCUCUGGAUUGCACAUGAUGGAGGGACAAAGCAAGGAGUUCCAGAGAAAGAGACUCUUGGAGGUUGUGACCUCCAUUUCUGACAUCCCCGUUGGUAUUCCAAUUCACCUAGAGCUGGCCAGCAUGACCAAUAGGGAGCUCAUGAGCAGCAUUGUGCAUCAGCAGGUCUUUCACACGGUGACUUCCCUUGGGCUGAAUGAACAGGAGCUGUUAUUUCUUAGCCAGUCAGCAGCUGGACCUCACUCUUCUCUCUCUUCUUGGAACGGUGUUCCUGACGUGGGCAUGGUCAGUGACAUCCUUUUUUGGAUCUUGAAAGAACAUGGGAAGAGUAAAAGCAGAGCCUCAGACCUCACCAGGAUCCAUUUCCACACGCUGGUCUACCACAUCCUGGCAACUGUAGAUGGACACUGGGCCAACCAGUUGGCAGCCGUGGCUGCAGGAGCUCGUGUGGCUGGGACACAGGCCUGUGCCACAGAAACCAUAGAUACCAGCCGAGUGUCCCUGAGGGCACCCCAUGAGUUCCUGACUUCCCAUUCGGAGGCAGGGUCCAGGGUCAUAUUCAACCCUGACGAGCCAGUGAUAGAAUGGCACAGGGAGGGGGUGUCCUUCCACUUCACACCCGUAUUGGUCUGUAAAGAUCCUAUCCGAACUGUGGGCCUUGGCGAUGCCAUUUCAGCUGAAGGCCUCUUCUAUUCAGAAGUACACCCUCACUAUUAGGAAAGUUGUUAUGGGUAAUUUUUCUGAAGGAGAACUAGCCAAUUUAAGAAUUAACAGGGAUUAAGUGGUUUGGAAAAUAGGAUUGAGGUAUCAGAACAGUUUCUAGAUUUAAUUCAAAGAUAGCUAACAACACAAUAGCAGAUUAAAUUAUCAGAUACAUUCCAACCUGCUGACAAUUACGCAAAAAAGUGUCUCAGCUUUUAAUCCAAAUUUAUCUACUGAGACUGGAUUUUUAGGUUUAUGUUGUGUUAUAUGGGUAAAAAACAUGAUUCCCAAACCCUGUUUACAUAGCGUUGUCAGGUAUUUCAGGCCAAACGUCUUUACCCUGGCUGGAGCGCCUGCCAGCUGGAAAAAAACACCUCCCUCCUCCCCGCCUCAGAAGUGCAUGCUCAUUCAUCGUGUCUAGUAAAGCCCACGGUGAGCCUCUCGUGUCCUCUCUCCGCUCAGUGUUCAUGGGCAGGGUCAUGACUUCCAUUCAGUGUUAUAAUGAAAAUACUUAAUGAGCACACCUUAGUCUUUUCUCUAAGACAGAGCCUCAAGUAAGGACAAAAUCACCCCUCCUGUGCUUCAUUCUCAGUGAGGCAGGAUCCCUGUGGAGCCUGGGAGAGAAUUGGCCAUUCUGCACUGGUUUAGAAGCCUGGCUGACCUGUAGGGUGGGUGACCAUGCGAGCUGAAGGGCUGUGCCUUCCUGCCCUUGCCCUGGCUUCUUAGAUUGUAGGCCAGCUGGUCAAAGACUACCAUGCUGGGCCCAACCUUAUUGCCCAGCUCUGGACAUACUUUCUCCAGUAGAAGACUGAUCUUUGUUUAUUCUGGUCCUUGAAGGAAUCUGCUUUUACAACUGGAAUAUGCUUCUGUGUGUAUAACUGAUCAUGUGUGUUUUACAUUGACAUAUCACAUCCAUUUAAGAGUUUGACCUCAUAAGAACCCAGGAUCAUGAAGAAAUAUGUCAUGUUAUGUAUUUAUUUUUUUAUAAAUCAAAGAGACAUCUGUGUGCUUUUAAAUAUAUUAAAAACAAUUACAUUUCAGGA